AUGGUACAGCAACUAGCAUUAUUUUCCGCAAUUGAAGAUGAAUCUUACCCGUUAAGUGUCGAGACGUUAACAAUAUUAUCCAGUAAUAGACCGAGACUCUUUGCCAAUUUCAACAAGAUUUACAAGCCAAAUCCCUCUCUACAAAUCGAAAAAGUUAAUGCUAAAAACCAAUUGGUGGAACAAACUAGAGUUAAACUAAGUACAGCGGUCCCGCUGUCAAAGUUAGGUAAUGGUGCGGAGUUAAACUACCAUUUCAUGGAAAAGUUGAGUAACGAUGACAUCGAAUCCUUCAAUGUGAAAAGUUAUAUUCAGGAUAUCGAUAGUAACAACAAGACCAAUUGGGCCUUCCAAAUAUCAGAUAUACCUGCUGCAGGAAACAACAGAAAACUUUCGAGUCAGACUAUCCAUGAAUCAGUGAUACAGAGCAGUAGUGGAUCAGUAUCUUCAUUUAUCGAUGAAUUGGGAUACGUAAAUGACUUCCAGUAUAUCAACGUCGGCGUCAAGUUCCAGUUCCUAAGUGGCGUGGUAAUGGAAAUCUAUAAAGUAUGGCAAGUUGUACAGAAGGAUCAAGAGGUAUCAAUGAAAUUAAUCACAAAAGAUGGGUUUAUGAUCAAGGCAAUGUAUAAUGUGAAUAAAAGCACAGAUAUCGAGUCCCUUAAUAAUGGUAGCCAACUUCUUUUGAAAUUAAAGACCGAUUUACGAGAUUAUAUCGAGUUGGAUAUUCCUGAUAGGAAAUGCAUGGAUACCAGGUUAAACCACUUGGAUUAA